AUGGCAGAAAUAGUGAGUGGAGAACAGAUUCUUGAGUUCAAGGAGGCUUUUAGUCUAUUUGACAGAGAUGGAGAUGAGUGCAUUACAACUGAGGAGUUGGCUACGGUUAUUCGGUCUUUGGACCAAAACCCUACUGAGGAAGAGUUAAAGGAAAUAAUCGACGAGGUCGAUUUUGAUGGAAACGGGACGAUACAAUUCGCGGAAUUCUUGAAUCUCAUGGCCAGUACUAAAAUAAAUGUAAAUUAG